AGGAGGUCUUCAACGACUAUCGAACCUUCGUCAAAUACCUUAAAGAGGCUUUCGCGGACAUUGAUAAGACCCGCAAAGCCACGAGAACACUUCAAACCCUAAAACAAAAGAAGUCGGUACUGGAAUACACUACGGACUUCCAGAACGCGGCAUACGUAGCUGGACACCACACCGACUACACACUCAGGACGUUCUACGCCCAAGGACUAAAGGACGAAAUUCAGGAAGCAAUGACCUACCAUAAGGAACCCGAGAACCUCGCUGAAAUAAUCCAACUUACCACCAUGCUAGACCGACGCCGCUUACAGCGCGGAUAG